CAUUUUCCUGCCAACACUUGCUCAAACAUUGCAGCCUGUUUUGCAGUGGCUGGAAACAAAAUUGAUUUAAAGCAGCGAUACUGCUGAAAAAAUCUCAUCAUACGGAAAAAAGAAGCGCGACGAUGGCGAAGCUAAUCUGGCCAGUUCUGGUCCUCGCGGGAGCGGCCCUCUUGGCCACGGCACCGCUGACCGUGUCCGGAACGUUCGAUAUCUUCUCGGUGCUAUCUACCGUACUAAAUGCCACGAGUAAUUCCACCAACAACACCGAUCCUGUAGUUUUCAACGCUAGCCUGAAUAAUCUUGCAGCGCUGAUGAACGGCUUUAAACCGUUGGUUCUAGUGUUUUACAAUAAAACGUUCGUCAGUAAUACUUCGCAACCAAAUACGACCGGUCUAACUGCGCUUGAACUGCCAAAAUCGCUAGCCUUAUUGGCUUUCACCCAAGUACUCCCAAUCGUUAACCAGCUGGCUGCAAAUGUCGGGACCAUUCUUGGCAGUCAAAUGAUGAACGUCACGAUGCCCCCGGCCAAUUUCAGCGUGUUAGAUUUCAUAAACAAAACCGCAACAAUGUUCAACGUCAGCCUCGAUACCGCCCUAAUGCAAAUAUCUUUCAACUCGACCCCCAACGCGACCGUUCCGGGCGUUUUCGGAGCGAACCUUAACCAAACGGCAAUGCUGGUGUUGCAGUUUCUUCCGGUUAUCAACGCGACCGUAGCGCCCUUGAACGGCACAAGCCUAGGGAAAUCGAUUAUUGGGGCCGUUGGCUUCGCGCUGCCAAUCGUGAACAACAUUCUGAAGCAGAUACAGCCCCUGCUGACGACGGUGACCGUGCCCAAAAAUCUGACGGAAGUUUUGGAUGGCCUCUUGGGGUUGCUUAAUUCCUCCACAACAGUUGUGAAACAGUUCCUUCCGACAAAUUUAACGUUAGUGCGGACGGAUCCCGACUGGGAUUACACCUGCGGAACCUUCUUCACGGACAACCUGAACAAGAUGUCCGAGCUUUGGAACCAAACCAACUCGGCCGUGAUGGGAGUGCUGAAAUCGACCAUGGCGCAGAACUUGACCGUCGUUUCGGGGACCAUCCGAAGCAUCGCCGUCGUGAUGCCCAUCCUGACCAACCUGACGGGCCAGGUCGGCGCAAUCCUGGACGGAAUGACGCCCAAGUACAACCGCCGGCUUUACCCGAGCCAAGUGCGCACCAAUCGCCACAAAAGUGACUGCCACUUGCGUCAUCUGCAGCGCGUCAACGCCCGGCGUUUUGGCUGAAAAUUUGCGAUCUAUAUUUUGUAACAAUCAAUAAACGGCUCAAAUUGUGUGCCUUCCCGAAA